AUGUUCAGAGCAGUGAAGGAGUUCCGACAGAAGGCGAAACACUCAUUGCUAGUUGAAACGGAUGAUGGGCAUGUGAUACCGCAACGGCAAAGCGAGGUAGCACGGGUGAAGAGUCAUUUCCAAUUCCUGUUCACCGCUGAAGAGCAGACCGGCUUGCCACCCCCGCACGCUCACAUCAUGGUUACCAGAAUCAGUUGUGAUGAAAUAAGCAAAGCGGUGGCCCGUUUGAAGAACCAAAAAGCUGUCGGGCCGGAUGGCGCACGAAGAGAACUCCUGAAGUACAGCCCAGAGGUUCUCCACGGUGUGAUGGCCGAUGUGUUGAACAUCAGCUUUGAGAAUUGUGCGGACAUUUCGGAGGUGAUCAGUCAAGGAGUGCUGAUGCCCCAACCCAAACCCAACAAGCCGCAAGGGCCAGUCAAGAACCUGAGGCCUGGUAUACUUCUGAAUACGGGCAGAAAAGCUCUAUCCCUCAUUACGCUUCGCCGCACCCGAGCUCCUAUAACGGAUUUUCUGGGCCCAGUUCCGGCACGAUUUUGCUCCGGCAAAAGCACAUGUGACGUCCUGUGGUGA